GCGGUUGCGUGGGAGCUGCUUCCUGGUUGGCAGCAGGAAGAUGGCGGUGGCGGGCGGAGGGGACGGUAGUUUGCAUUCCCCCGAGCCGUGGCCGGACCUGCUGUCACGCCUCACCUGCCCCGUGUGCCUUGAGGUGUUCGAGAGUCCCGUUCGGGUGCCCUGCGGACACGUGUUCUGCACACCGUGUCUGCAGGAGUGCCUGAAGCCGAAGAAGCCCGUGUGUGGUGUGUGCCGCGGCGUGCUAACAGCCGGCAGCAGGGCGCUGGACCUGGAGCAGCUGAUAGAGAGCACUGAGACUGCCUGCAGUGGCUGCGGCAAGAAGAUGUUCCUCUCAAAGAUGCGCAGCCAUGCAGCCUCCUGUUCAAAGUACCAGAAUUACAUAAUGGAGGGUGUGAAAGCUGUAACUAAAGAACCAGUUCACAACGCCAGGAACUUCCCAAAUCGCUUUACCUUUCCUUGUCCAUACUGCAGUGAGAAAAACUUUGAUCAAGAAGGACUAGUUGAACACUGCAAAACAUUGCACAGCAUGGAUGCAAGACAAGUGGUUUGCCCAAUUUGUGCCUCAAUGCCAUGGGGAGAUCCAAAUUACAGGAGUGCUAACUUCAUGGAGCACCUUCAAAGACGACACCGGUUUUCAUAUGAUACUUUUGUGGAUUAUGAUGCUGAUGAAGAUGAUACGAUGGCACAGGUUUUGAUGCGUUCUUUGCGGGAUAAAUAAAAUGAAAAAAAGUGAAAGACAAACUGUCAAACUAAGCUUCCAUGGGGAGGAAGUGCCCAGCAUCCUUGCACUUCUCCCUGUACAUCCCAAGAUGAGCUCAGGCAUCCAGAAAUAUGGAAGACUUUUUAAUCUGUCUUGGUUUCAAAUCCCUGUUUGAUAUGUCUGUAUCAUUGGGUCUUCUGUUAACCACAUAAGUUUGAUUUUCUUAUUUGCUUCACACAAAGCUUAAUUGUAGGUCAGCAUGGAGGAGACUAUUUUUUUCCCUUCACCCAAGCUUGUUUUCUGAUGAGUUAUUUUUUCCAGUUGUGUUCAUUUGACUCUAAAAGCAGAAAUAUUCCAGACUGAAUGGUCUGAACUAGUUGGUAAAAUUCACCUCCUAAUCUUGUUUACAUUUCGUAAGUGAUAGUGUAAGAGGUGUAUUUGUAUCUAUUUUUCUUAAGUGAGACCUCUAGGUGCUAACUGUAACUGUCAGAUCAGUUGAAGUGGCCUCUGCCUGUGAUUUCAUGUUUAGCAGUAUUUGAACUCUUACAGGUGUUCUCUUAUUUACAUGGAAAACAAGUUCUUAGUAUGAGUCUUCAAACUACAAUCUUCCUUAGCAAAUGUUUGCAGCUAUGUAAGAAACUAGUUCAAAAUAUUUUAGUUCUACACCUGAUUAUUAUUUUGUUCCACACUUUGACCAUAAUUUAAGCCUGGAAAAUAAAACUUUCAUGUUAUUUCAACUGCUAUAGCAAAUGUUAAUCAUAUCUGCUGGCUUUGUGAUUCAAUUAGUGUUUUUAGAAAUUGGUUUUCUAGGUUUCUUAAGCAUUAUGCUCACAAGAGAAAAAUUUUCAAUACCUCCGCCUUAUAUGAAAAUUUUUGUUUAAAUAUAUGUAUUUGUAGUUGUUCCAUCCCUCAAGGCAAACUGGAAGCAAAACUUAGAUUCCAUGGCACUUGCACAGCUCUACCUUUCUGCAUUACACAUUUUAAGAAGCAUUUUGAAUUUUUAUUCUUCAUUUAAAUGUUGCUAAAGCUGUGCUUAGAUUGUGUUUUCCAUGCAUUGUAUAUAUAGCAUGCAGGUAUAACUUUCAAAGAAAAAGUAAAAUAUAAACAAGAAAUCAGGAUGACUGUUCUCUUAAAUGGAAAAUGGAUACUUGACAUUCAAUUAUACACUUUCACUAUAGAGCUUCCUUUUAACACUUUAACUGCACAGUCAUGAUGCUGAGAUCUAGCAAUCUGAGACACCUGAACAGAAUCUGUAAACCAAAGUAGUAUUGAUGUCUUGUGUAAUUUAACUUGGCAUACUUAAUUGGAGCGGUGGACCUGUACGUCCGCAGAAUUGAGUACUAAUUAAUUUAUUUGACAAAUAAUAUUUUCAUACUUUGCAUAGCCUUACCUUUAUUAAAUGUACCCCAGCUAAAAGCUCUUGAUUAAACUUUGUGUUCAGCAAGACCUCUAACAUACUUAGCUUGUUUUUAGUAUGUUUUCCCAAACUCAGAACAGGCUUCGUAUAGACUCAGCCUUAAGUAUCUGCUUGGUGAACAGAAUUUCAGUCUUAGCAAAAAUACUCGUGGCACUGUGGGAAAAAGUACUUUGUUUUGGAGUUGGUUGUUUCGAAUGCUUGAUCUGUGAAAAGAUAACCAUGUUGGUUGUUGAGUGGAGAUUUCUAGGUUCUGGCUAGCAUGGAGUUUUGUGGUGCAAAUUGACCUAAAUCUAGAUUUCUGCUGCUAUUUGAAGUGCACUUCCAUGCAAUUUAGAUUAAAUGUUUAAGGAGCAGCUAGGAGCUUCUGAGCAAUUACUUUGUCAUAUUUUUUUUAAUUUUGAAGGCAAGUUAUAAAUAAAGUUCAUUUAAUUUAUAAAA